UGGACGCCCGAUUUAGAAAAAUACAUUGACAAUGUCCUAAAAAAAUCCGGAAAACAAUUUAAAAAUGCUACGUUAGUUGAUGUUCCGGACGACCUUUUCCGAUUGUACUGUGAAAAAGUCUUCCUUGAUUUCUACAAUCUAGUUGAUAUUAACCCCACGAUGGACAAAAAGAUAGGCGAACGUAAAUACAUAACUUACCAAAUUUCGUCAAUUUAUAAAUAUUAUGAGAGAACAUUCUUUAACCUCGAUUUCGACUGGAUCGAGUCUCAUGCCCGCUCCGCAAGAAUUACGAAAUCCGUGACAAAUUCAGGAAUUGUCAAGGUAGAUUCCAUAGCGACUAGACAUUACGAUGGAUUAAGUAUAUGGCACAUGGAGGUAGCUGGCGGACCAUGUAACGCGACGGACACACACACCUUGGGCGAUACAAAAAAAACACUCCGUAUGGAUGUGUUAAAUUUAAUUGCAAUAUUGAGAAACCAUUUUGAUUGUAGUGUGGAACUCGCUACAAAAAUAAAAGUUUUUUGUACCCAGGUUGUUGGCACUCGGAUGACUCUCUAUGCACUUAGUAUGCUCCCAGAUGGAAGGUUUAUCUCUUCAGAACUUGCUACCGCAGUAGUCCCUUUUAGCUUCCAUGGCCGGAAUCAGUUCAAAGCUAUCUUCAGGAUGAUGGCUAUUUUUCAUAAUGAAAUAACGAAACAAGAAGAACUUAUGGGCGAGAUUGAUAGAGUUGUACUUCGAUCCAAAGGAACGACAGUUCGACAUGUAUUGAAAAUCCCUGAGGGAUUAUUCGAGUGAGUUUAUGUAUUUAAGUUAGAAUAAUAUAAUAGAUUACCGUAGACAUUAAUUGUUUUAUAAUACAUACACUAACAUUAACGAAUUACUUUUGCUAUCAUUAUAUAUCUUUGCCAUAUAUUUUAAUCUUAGUAUUAAUGCACAAAUAGAUGCUGUUUUGCGUUAUGCUCAAUUAGUGCACUUUCCGUAUAGUAUCAAUGAUUAGAAAACCGAUUAUGAGUUAGUAUUAUUGGGGUGAUGACCGGGAUGUUUUAGUAUAGAAAAUCUUCUGCAAGAUUUAAUCUACAUGUCAUAGCACAUACAUUGUAUCAAGAAUGAU